UGUUGCGUCAGAGCCGCCGCAGACCAAUCAGGAAGCAGCUAAAAGCUCCGCUAGCCUAGUGUCGUUAUAACCACAAACACUGACGGAUUUAACUGUAAAAACAUUACAUUUUACCUGGAUAUAUUCUUGUUUUCAGGUGUGUGCUGCAGUCUGAUGGUUCCUGAUCAGAACCAGCAGAGCCGAGUCUGUUCAGCACUAUGGCCCUCGCUGAGGAGCAGCCUGAGAAACACUGCUGGGUGUGUUUUGCCACGGAGCGAGACGACCACAGUGCGGAGUGGGUGAGCCCCUGCAGGUGUAAAGGCUGCACCAAGUGGAUCCACCAGGCCUGUCUGCAGCGCUGGCUGGACGAGAAGCAGAAAGGAAACAGCGAGGGAGCCGUCAGCUGUCCUCAGUGUGGCACCGAGUACCUCAUCACCUUCCCCAAGAUGGGACCGUUGGUGUACUUCCUGCAGCAGGUGGACCGAGCUCUGUCCCGGGCCAGUCCCUUCGCUGCUGUGGGCGUGGUGGUCGGGACAGUCUACUGGUCCGCCGUCACCUACGGAGCCGUGACCGUCAUGCAGGUGGUGGGACAUAAGAAGGGUCUGUAUGUGAUGGAGCGGGCCGACCCUCUGUUCCUCCUCAUGGGCCUGCCCACCAUCCCCGUGGUGCUGGUUCUGGGGAAGAUGAUCCGCUGGGAGGAUUACAUUGUCAGGAUGUGGCAGAGGUUUAACUACAGAGGGAAGAGCCUGCCAGGUGGGAGUCGUUACCUGCCCAGAGUCCCGGCUGACGGACUGGGAGACCACCUCUCCGUGUCCCGGACUCUGUGUGGAGCUCUGGUCUUUCCCUCCAUCGCCAGUCUGGUGGGACGGAUGCUGUUUGGACGGAUGCCCUCCAACCUGCAGCGCACCGUGCUGGGCGGCAUCGCUUUUGUGCUGAUUAAAGGAGCGCUGAAGGUUUAUUUCAAACAGCAGCAGUGUGUCCUUCAGGCCAGCCGGCAGAUCCUCAACUACCCCGACAGACAGGCAGACGGACAGACGGACGGGGGGGGCGAGGACACGGAGGACACAGAGGACAGUGGGAAUGAAUGAUGGACAGAGGAGGAGAACUGUGGGGUGCAAAAGUCAAAUCUAUUUUAUUAUAAAACGCUGUGGGUGGGAAGGUGAGUGUUUCUGUGGCUUCUCAGCCUUUAUCUCUACUCUGAUAAAAGAUACUUGAAGAUAUUUAUAAAAUAUGAUUUGUUGCCUUAUCUUUUAAAACGGUGCCCCAAAUAAAGAAAUGUCAAUUCUCUCCUGAACUCCUGUUCAUUCUGGGGGAAAUAAGACUUGAGCUCAGGUUGUUUACAUGCAGUUAAAGUCAACAGACGACAGAUUGUACACA